AUGUGCGACGAAGAACCCUUAACAUUCCUUCCCCUAACCUUCUCCCAAGCCGACGCAAACGCCUGCGCAACUCAUCUCAUCCUGACCCUCUUCCCGAACUGGGAUCCCGCCCAUCUCGACUUCAUCCGCUUCACCGACGGCAUCACAAAUACUCUGCUCAAAUGUGUUCACAAAACCAUCACCAACGAUCCCGUAACCGGUACCGAGAAGGUCUCGAUCGAUGAGAUGGAAUCUGCCCUUCUCAGGGCUUACGGCAAGGGUACCAAUGUCCUCAUCGACCGUGGCAGAGAAUGUCAAAACCACUUCUAUCUCGCCCUUCACUCCCUAGCGCCACCUCUCCUCGCCCGAUUCAACAACGGUUUAAUCUACCGCUUCGUUCCGGGCCGCGUAACCUCUCCGGCCGAUCUCUCGCUUCCGAAAGUAUACACUGCAGUUGCGAAACGUCUAGGACAAUGGCACGCACAGAUUGAUACCAAGGGUCUAAUGGACGCUCUCGAACUGAUGGGCCCCCGUCGUCGUAUCUCCCCAGACAGUGGUGUACCGGAACUAGUCUACGACGACACGAUCGAAAGUGACGAAGAAGCUUUCCUCCGUGAAGGUGGCAGCAGCAAUGGUGAAGAAGAGGAAGUCGUUGAAGAAAAAAGUAUCAAACCCGGCGAAUCCGAGCUAUGGCUUACCCUUCAAAAGUGGAUCUCAGCCCUUCCGGAGCACAAACCUGAGGAAAUCGAGCAAAAGAAGCUGUUGAGGGACGAAUUGGAAUGGAUCGAGGAUAGUACUGGUCUUAGCGGCCUAGGAGAGAUCAUAUUCGGUCACUGCGACUUGCUCAGUGGGAAUGUUAUCGUAUUGCCGAAGAAGGAGAAGAGGACUGGGUUCUGUCCGGCUGAUAUUGGGAGUGCUGAAGAACUUCAGGUCACAUUCAUCGAUUAUGAGUACGCCAUCCCCACCGAGCGUGCAUUCGACAUCGCCAACCACUUCUCCGAAUGGACCGGCUUCGACUGCGACUACAACCUAAUCCCCACCUCUCCAACCCGCCGCUCCUUCAUCAAAUCUUAUCUUGAAUCCUUCAGCUCCUUCAAGAGCGACUCUCAAACCCAACCAGAAGUAACCAAUGAAGAAAUCGACGAGGUUAUGAGAGAAGUCGACAGUUUUCGUGGAAUCCCCGGAUUUUAUUGGGGUAUCUGGGCAUUGAUCCAGGCCACAAUCUCACAAAUCGACUUUGAUUAUGCCGCAUACGCAGAAUUGAGAUUGGCAGAGUAUUGGAAUUGGAAGAAGGCCUUUUUGAAUGAAGAGCGAGAGCAGAGUUUGAGGGAGAGGAGGUGGUUGAGUUUGUAG